AUGUAUACCUUCCUGCCUGAGAACUUCACUCCGGUGAAGCAGAAGCCGGCCAAGGAGCUGAAGCCCAUGAUUACCGCCAUCGUGGUGGGCCUUAUUUUGUUCAUUGCCGCCGUGGUGGCAUGGUGCUACUACGUGGCUUCCCUCCGGAAGGCAGAGAGGCUCAAGACAGCGGAGAUGGAUUUGCGGCAGGACGGAUUCACCAUCAAGAACCAGAAUGGCGAGCUGGUCUUCGAGGUGGCCUUCCAAUCGGGGCUUCUGGACCUCGAGUCCUGCUCCAGGGAGGGGGCCAAUUUAACCUGCACACGGACCGACAAAGGGAAAGUCAACUUCUUCAUCAAGAUUGUCACCCCCAAGGACACCGUGAUCUGCUACCGUGUGCGUUGGGAAGAGUUUGUGGCAGACACGGUGGUGGAUCAUAAAAUGUUCUGGGGAGAUGCCCUCUGGUAUGGGGGCUGUGAGAUGAGUGUCCAGCAUUGGCCGAUCAAGCUGCCCGGAUACCAAGAACCCAUGCCUUUUGUGACCAGUGAUGUCUAUUCUUUUAGGAACAGCUUUGGAGGCAUUUUAGAAAGGUAUUGGUUGUCCUCCAAAGCUGCAGCCAUCAAGAUCAACGAUUCAGUGCCCUUCCACCUUGGCUUCAAUGCCACAGAACCCUCUCUUGUCUUCCAAGCCAGGUAUAAAGACUCUCCUUACAAACCUCCAUUGGGUCAGCAGCCUUUUCCGGAGCUGAGUUACCGGGUCUGCAUAGGUUCCGACGUCACCUCCAUCCACAAAUACAUGGUGCGGAAGUACUUCUACAAGCCCUCCAAGAUACCUUCAAGAAAUGCCUUCAGGUACCCCAUCUGGUCCACCUGGGCCUUGUACAAAAACGACAUCGACCAGGAGAAACUCUUGCGUUUUGCGGAAAACAUCAAGAAGUACAAGUUCAACUGCAGCCACAUCGAGAUCGAUGACACCUACACCCAAGCGUAUGGCGACUUUGACUUUGACGUGGCCAAGUUCCCCAACGUGACUGAAACCUUUAAGAAGCUCAAAGAGGAAGGCUUUCAGAUCACCCUCUGGACCCACCCGUUCAUAAAUUAUAACUCCUCAAAUUUUGGGGUGGGGAUAGAGAAACAGCUGUUCAUCAAGGAACCCACAGGACGGCUGCCAGCCAUGGUGGAAUGGUGGAACGGCAUUGGCGCCAUCUUGGAUUUUACCAACCCUGCAGCCCGAGAUUGGUUCCAGAGCCAGCUGAGACAACUCCGCAACAAAUAUGGCAUCUCGUCCUUCAAAUUUGAUGCUGGGGAGACCAGCUACCUUCCCAAACAGUUUAGCACCUUCCGACCAUUGUCAGAUCCCAGUGUCUGGUCCAGGCGCUACACGGAAAUGGCCAUUCCGUUUUAUGAACUGGCUGAGGUCAGAGUGGGGUAUCAAUCGCAGAAUAUCUCCUGCUUUUUCAGGAUCAUUGACCGGGAUUCCGUGUGGGGCUAUGAACUUGGCCUGAAAUCCUUGAUCCCCACUGUCCUGACCAUCAGCAUGUUGGGGUACCCAUUUAUAUCCGCUGACAUGAUUGGAGGGAAUUUUUUCCCCAACAAAACGGAGGGGGCUGUGCAAAUUCCAGACCGGGAACUGUACCUCCGUUGGCUGGAGUUGUCCGCUUUCAUGCCGUCCAUGCAGUUCUCCAUCCCGCCUUGGCUCUACGAUAAGGAGGUCAUCGAAAUUGCCCUGAAGUUCACCAAGCUUCACGAGUCCUUGGUGGCCCCUCUCCUGCUGGAACUGGCCGGGGAGAUCACGACCACGGGGGAUCCCAUCAUACGGCCCAUAUGGUGGAUCUCUCCUGGGGAUGAGUCUGCUCACAAGAUCGAUUCUCAGUUUCUCAUUGGAGACACCUUGAUGGUGGCUCCCGUCUUGGAGAUGGGGAAACAGGAACGAGACAUCUAUAUCCCGGCGGGCAAAUGGCGGAGUUACAAAGGAGAGCUGUUUGAGAAGACUCCUACCUUGAUCACGGACUACCCCGUGGAUCUGGACGAGGUAGCUUACUUUGUCUGGGUCUCCUAA